AACUCGGUUCCCGCCAGCGCAGUAACAACUUCGCCGACGAGCGCGUGAAUUGCCCAAAAAAUAUCCACUUAAACAAUACAGAAAAUAAGUUAUAAAUUAAUAACCGCAAGUGCCUUACCAUUAUCUGUAGAAUAUCGCAACGAAUUUACUGCCCAUAUAUACACGAUAUCGACAGGAACACGAGAUACAGAUACAAAUAAGAUACAAGCCGAAGCUGAUCGAAUGCGGAAGUGAGCAAAAGCCGGCGGCUUUUUUAUUAAGUUUUUGCAAUUAACGCAAAGGAUACAAAGCAAAAAAAAAAAAAAAAGAAAAUCAGUGUGCAAACAAAGGGAAACAAAAGAGUGAGAGAAAGUGAUCGAGUGCCUUCAUUUGCAUAUCCUUGCAAAAUUUAAUUCGUUUAACAAAAUUAACAAAAAGCAAUUGAAUAAUAAGAAAACGUGCCGCAAUGUCUGUCGCUCGCAGUGCCAUGUCAAGCAGAAGUAUUAUUAUUCAAUAAUAAUCCCGAAAUCUUAUACGUUUCCAAAUAAGAUUUUGAAUUCGCAUCCGAAAUUGAUUAAUCACUGUGCCUUGAACUGAUCGUGACUCGUGAGUCAGAGCAGCGCCAUUUAAUUGUCCGCAAACACAAACGCAAAGUACGGAGCCCAGUUGCAAAUUGUCGGGUUAAAUAUUGGUAGAAUAUCGGUAGAAUCGCCAGAAUCGGUGGCAUCCCCUCCCCCCGCCAGGCAUUACCCCUGGUCACCAGUCGAGUGAAGAAGCUUCAUGCGAAAAACGCCGCUUAAAUGCAUACGGAUAUCAUAAUUGGUGAUCAGUUUGCCGCCAACAAUAACUACUGGGUGAUGCAGUCCCCGGAACUGGACUAUCGGCACGAGCUGAUGGGUCGUCUGCAUAAAAUCGAGCCCGCCGAUGUUGAGCUUGAGGUUCUGGCAGCGGCCGCUGCAGCCGCGAAUAACAACAACAACAACAAUACCAGCAGCAAUAACAACCACAGCAGCAACAGCAGCAGCAACAACAGCAACGGCAGCCAAACACCCACCGGCAACAACAGCAACAGCAACAACAGCUUGGCAACCGGCGGCCAUCAGCAUCAUCAGUUCCACCACCACCUGCACCACCAUCACUCCCAUCAGCACCACCACCAGCACCAUCAUCUGCACCAGCACCACUCGCACAGCCUCCAAAGUGGCGAAAGUGGUGCAUCGGAGGCGUGGCCCCACCUCACCGCCCCCUCGUACGCCAGCGAUGUUGCACAUGCGCAGCAGCAGCAACUUCAGCCCGCCGGAUCCCCGAAUUCCAACUCAAACGGAGCCUACGGCUGUGCACCACUCUACGAUGGAGCGCCCUACGAAGUGGCACUCGGCUAUGGUGGUGCGGUGGUUGCGUCAACCGGUGGUGCGACUUCCAGCGACAAGGAGUAUCUAUAUGAAACCAAAAACAAAGAGGCUCUCUACGCCGAUCCGCUGGACGAUCCCUACCAGCGACCCGUGCUCUGGGACGAUAUUACAACCUCAAUACAAAAUAUCGAUCCGGAGAACGCGCUCAUGCUGAGCAGCACUGGCAGCAGCAACAACAAUGGCAGCAGCAACAGCGGCAACAGUGGCAACAGCAGCAGCAACACGGCCGAAUCUGCAACAUCGCAGCUGCCGCAGGUCAAGAUGGAGGCGAUCGAUGAGAGCCUGCUCGAGACAUUCUCGACCCCAUUGCUCAGUCCCCUGGAGAUAAAGACCGAGAAGCAGCAGCGACAACAGCAGCACCACCACCAACACCAGCACCAGCAGCAGCAACAACAGCAGCAACAGCAGCAACACCAGCAGCAACAUCAGCAGCAAUACCAGCAGCAACACUAUCAGCAACAUUAUCAGCAGCAGCAGCACUUGUACCAGCAUCAUCCCAGCCUGGCGCUGCCUGGUAGUUUGCCACCCGCUGUCGAGGUGGUGGAGUUGCAACUGCAGCAACAGCAGCAUCAGCAGCAGCAGCAGCAACAUCUGCAGCACAACAACAGCAGUAGCAGCAGCAGCAGCCCCAAGCUGGCGACCCCCGGCGACAGCAGCGGCAACACCUCCUCCUAUCAGCAACAGUACGCAUCUCAAUUGGUCUCCGGAUCGGGCGGCGGCUAUCUCAACGGUAGCAGCGGCAACUCCUACGGCUACAGCUGGCACAGCAGUCAGUCUUUCCACACCAAAUACCAAAUACACCCGCCAUCAGCCGCCGCUUCAGCCACCGCCUCCGCCACUGCCACGCCCACAGCUCAACUCGGUGCUCAACAGCAACAACAUCAGCAGCAGCAGCAGCAGCAGCUGCAGCAGUUGUGUCCCCCCGCGGCGCCCAGCACUCCCUCGGCCUCCUCCUCGUCCAUUUCCUCGUCCUCCGCCUCCUCCGCCAGUCGCCAUAUGUUCUUGCCACCUUUGACCCCGCCCAGUUCGGAUCCCGGCAGUCCUGGCAGCUCGAUGGUGGCCGCAGCAGCUGCCGCAGCCGCCCAACGCCGCACCACCCCACCGCCGCCCUAUCAGCAAGGUCAUGUGCUGGGCCACCUCAACCCGCCGCCCACGCUGCAACUUUUGGGUGGUGCAGCCACAGGCAGCAACAGCAGUUGCACCACCACUCUGACCACCUUAACACCCGCCAGUGCCAUUCAGCAGCAGCAGCAGCAGCAGCAGCAACAAUCACAGCAGCAACAGGUGCCACAGCAACAGCCACCGCCCACCCCCCGCUCCUCGGGGGGCGGGAGGCGUGGCCGGCACUCGCACCACCAACCGGGAACGGCGGCUCACAUCGCCAGUUUGAUGAGCGUGCGAACGGUGCGUUACAACCGCCGCAAUAAUCCCGAGCUGGAAAAGCGGCGCAUACACCACUGUGAUUUCGUUGGUUGUUCCAAGGUGUACACAAAGAGCUCUCAUCUGAAGGCCCAUCAAAGGAUACACACGGGUGAGAAGCCGUACACCUGCCAGUGGCCGGAAUGCGAGUGGAGAUUCGCCAGGUCCGACGAGCUAACCAGGCACUACCGGAAGCACACGGGAGCCAAACCCUUCAAGUGCAUCGUGUGCGAGAGGAGCUUUGCGAGGAGCGAUCACCUGGCGCUGCACAUGAAGCGCCACUUGCCCAAGAACAAAUGAGGAAGGCGCAGGGUCGGGGGCCCAGCUGCAGAAUUGCAAAUUGAACUAUACCACAAUCCAAAGGACUUUAGCGUAGAUAAAAUGAAUUCGUUUAGUUGAAAGGUUAACUACUAGAUGGUACGCACUCUACUCUAGGAACAGCUAACCAAUUGGGAGUGGGGAGUACACCGUUUACUGCCCACUCGAUUAACUCAAACGCAAAGUAGGCUAAGUAAAUGAAAUUACCACCUGCUUGACGAACAUCAUCCUACUGUACCAACUAACCUGCACUAUAAGGCAAAUAUACCCUCGGCACCACAAUCACAAAUGAAACUAGGCUAAAUUAGGAUUACGUUAUUGUGUAUAAACAUGAACUUCUUUGCAUAUAGAACAGUAGAUCUACAAUAGAUGUUUAAUCAGAGUUCGCAACAUAGGUGGGUUAAGUAGACGUAGUCCCAUGUAUUCUAUUUGUAUAUCACUAUCGUAUGUAUCUUAGUGUCGUAAACCGUUUAAAAACCACCAAAAAGUGCUGGCACAAAAACAUCCAAUAAAUUUAUUUGAAAAACCAA